AUGGAGGAGAUGCGCUGCUUACUUCCGCGGGAGUUCCGCUUUGAUUGGCUGCGUCGCAUCCCACGGGGUCAGUGCAACCACGGAUCAGAUGGCAGAAUACCCAACGAUGUCUCGUACGGCGAGCUGGCAUCAGGCACACGGGUCACUGGUCGCCCGGUCCAGCACUUCAAAGAUGUCUGUAAAUGGGACAUGAAGAGCUGCGACAUCAACCCAAAUGACUGGGAGAAAACUGCCGGUGACCGACUCAGCUGGCAGCAGGCUGUGAAAACAGGCCUCAGGAGAGGCCCCAGCGGUUGGCGCGCCCGCCGCUUAUCGUCGAAGAUUCACGGUUCGACUCCGGCGGCCGCCCUGGAGGAGACCACGACGCCGUGGAUCAUCUUCAACGUCUUCUCGGACCAUUCUUCCUCGUCGACCUCGUGCUCAACUUCCGCACGGGGCAUCGUGGUCGAGGACAACACCGACAUCAUCCUGGACCCGCGCAAGAUCAAGCGCACGUACCUGCGCACCUGGUUCCUGGUGGACCUGGUGUCCUCCAUCCCCGUCGACUACAUCUUCCUCAUCGUGGAGAGCGGCAUGGACUCGGACGUGUACAAGACGGCGCGCGCCCUGCGCAUCGUGCGCUUCGCAAAGAUCCUCAGCCUGCUGCGGCUGCUGCGUCUGUCCAGGCUCAUUCGCUACAUCCACCAGUGGGAGGAGAUCUUCCACAUGACGUACGACCUGGCGAGCGCCGUGAUGCGCAUCAUCAACCUCAUCGCCAUGAUGCUGCUGCUGUGCCACUGGGACGGCUGCCUGCAGUUCCUCGUGCCCAUGCUGCAGGACUUCCCAGACGACUGCUGGGUCACCACCUCCCGCAUGGUGAACGUGUCGUGGGAGAUGCAGUACUCGUACGCCCUCUUCAUGGCCAUGAGCCACAUGCUGUGCAUCGGCUACGGGCAGCAGGCGCCCUCCAGCAUGUCCGACGUGUGGCUCACAAUGCUGAGCAUGAUCGUGGGCGCCACGUGCUACGCCAUGUUCAUCGGGCACGCCACGGCGCUCAUCCAGUCGCUCGACUCGUCGCGACGCCAGUACCAGGAGAAGUACAAGCAAGUGGAGCAGUACAUGUCGUUCCACAAGCUGCCGGCGGAGCUGCGCCAGCGCAUCCACGAGUACUACGAGCACCGCUACCAGGGCAAGAUGUUCGAUGAGGACAACAUCCUGGGGGAGCUCAACGAGCCGCUCCGACACGAGAUCGUCAACUACAACUGCCGCAAGCUCGUCGCCUCCAUGCCGCUGUUCGCCAACGCGGACCCCAACUUCGUGACGGCGAUGCUCACCAAGCUGCAGUUCGAGGUGUUCCAGCCGGCGGACUUCAUCGUGCGCGAGGGCACCAUCGGCAAGAAGAUGUACUUCAUCCAGCACGGCGUCGUCAGCAUCAUCACCAAGGCCAACAAGGAGACGAAGCUCUCCGACGGCUCCUACUUUGGAGAGAUCUGCCUGCUGACGCGCGGGCGCCGCACGGCGAGUGUGCGCGCCGACACGUACUGCCGCCUCUUCUCGCUCUCCGUGGACCACUUCAACGAGGUGCUGGAGGAGUACCCCAUGAUGCGGCGAGCCUUCGAGACCGUGGCCAUCGACCGCCUCGACCGCAUCGACCGCUGGGGCAAGUGCUGA